AUUACAUUCAUUAUUCAAAGUGAAUAAACCUAAAAUCAAGAUCUUCGAUUUGUUUUCAUAUGGGUAUUUAGAUUACUCCAAAAAGAUCCAAACUUUCUCGAGAAAAUUCGAAUCCCACUAAUCAAAGCCGAUUUUCUCGGGAAAACGACAUGGGUUUGUACAACAAUAACUUUGCUUUCUCCAUCCUUUUGGGCCUGGUUUUUCUGUUCGCGGCCGCACCACCGUCGGCGUCGCAGCUCACUCCGGCGGCCGUAGCUCCGCCCCCGUCACUAUCGCCGGAGGAGAUGUGCAACGGAAUAUUCCUCUCCUACACCUUCCAACGUGGUCUCAAGAUUCCACCAAACGACUCGACCGAUCAACCGUACCGGUUUGAGUCGCUCCUCAUGGUGCUCAACAACGGCCGAGAGGAACUCAAGGAGUGGAGGGUCUUUGUCGGAUUCAGACACCGCGAGAUCCUCGUCUCUGCCACCAACGCAUUGCUCGUAAACGGAACGGAUUUGCCCGCCCCCGUAGGAAACGGCACCGUUUUCGGGGGAUACCCAGUUUCAGAUCUCAAGACAGCGAUUCAGACGGCAGGGGACUUGAACCAGUUUAGAGCUUUGGUCAGCCUCGUCGGAACUCAGUUUGGAGUGGCGCCUCCGGCAGCUCCGUUGCCGGGAAACUUAACGCUCGUCAACGACGGUUGGAUUUGUCCGAUGCCUACUCUUCAACCUAGCAAAACCGAGAUGACCACAUGUUGCACGAGAGACCCAAGUAUCAAAGUCAACGACACGAUCUCCGAUAACUUCCUGCCACGUCAGACCGGCGACCUGACCAUAAUGUACGACGUAGUCCGAGCCUACGACCAAAACUACUUAGCCCAAGUCACGAUCGAGAACCACAGUCCACUGGGCCGAUUGGACCAUUGGCAACUAAGCUUCGAUUGGAAACGGAACGAGUUCAUCCAGAAAAUGCAAGGCGCUUAUCCCACAGUUGUCGACGCCACGGGCUGUAUCUACGGCACGCAAGCUCAAGUCUACACAAAUCUCGAUUUUGCCGACGUUAUCAGCUGUGAGAGACGACCCGUCAUCGUUGACUUGCCUCCCACGAAAGCCGACGACCCAACGUACGGGAAGAUACCUUCUUGCUGUCGGAACGGUACGAUCUUGCCACGUGUCAUGGACCCAAGCAAAUCGGCGUCUGUUUUCCUGAUGCAGGUCUUCAAAAUGCCUCCGGAUUUUAACAGCUCGGCGUUAUUCCCACCGCAGAAUUGGCAGAUCAACGGUAUGUUGAACCCGGAUUACCAAUGCGGGCUUCCGAUCCGGGUCAGCCCGAGUUUAUACCCGGAUCCGAGUGGAAUCGAGACUAACAAAACGGCUUUCGCCAGCUGGCAAGUUGUGUGUAACAUUACACACCCGAAAAACGCGAUCCCCAAAUGCUGCGUUUCGUUUUCAGCGUUCUACAACGACUCAAUCGUGCCUUGCAAGACCUGCGCUUGCGGUUGCGGCUCCGAAACGCAGACGACGCGAACGUGUAGCGCCACAUCGCCCGCACUUCUCAUACCGCCGGACGCGCUUCUGGUGCCGUUCGAGAACCGGACUGCGUUGACGGUUGCGUGGGCCGCACUCAAGCACUACCCUGUCCCAAACCCUAUGCCCUGCGGCGACAACUGCGGUGUUUCGAUCAAUUGGCAUCUGGCGUCGGACUACAGAGGAGGGUGGACGACGAGGGUAACGAUCUUUAAUUGGGAAGAGAUCAAUUUUCCUGAUUGGUUUGUAGCCGUUCAAAUGGAUAAACUGGCUGUUCCAGGGUAUGAGAAAACGUACUCCUUCAACGCGAGCGUUAUGAGCGUUAACGGCGGUGUGAACAACACGAUUUUCAUGCAGGGUCUUCCCGGUAUGAAUUAUCUGGUUGCUGAGACAGACGGUUUGGAUCCGGACAAGAACCCUAGAGUUCCCGGGAAACAACAGUCAGUUAUACAGUUCAGUAAGAAACACACGCCGGGGGUUAGGGUUCCGGAGAGGGAUGGUUUUCCGGCGAAAGUGAUAUUUAACGGAGAAGAGUGUUUGCUUCCCGAUGUAUUUCCAACGGCCGGCGGUAACAGGAUCAAGAGAUUUAUGGUUUUGCCCUUCCUCGCGGUGGUUCUAACCACGAUCCUGAUGCUCACGCAGCGGUAACUUGGGGAUUAAGCAAACUGCUAUGGUGUUUUUAGGGCUUGUAAUAUGGUUUCCCGGUCCAUUUAUACACUGGUUUUGUCAUAUAAAGUUCGGAUGUUGGACACGU